CGAGCAGUGAGCUGCGAACUUCAAGCUGCUAGUCAGUAGCAACCAACAGCACUGAGCACCAACACCCAGAGCUACCAUGGCCUACUGCCGGCAGGAAGGGAAGGAUCAAAUCAUAUUUGUGACCAGAGAAGACCACGAAAGUCCCAGCAAUGCAGAGCUGGUGGUCGACGACCCCAAUGAUCCCUAUGAGGAGUACGGCUUGACACUGCCAAGUGGAGAAAUUAACUGGAAUUGCCCGUGCUUUGGGGGGAUGGCCAGCGGUCCUUGUGGAGAAUCCUUCAAAUCUGCCUUCGCCUGCUUCCAUUACAGCACGGACGAAAUCAAGGGGUCGGACUGCGUAGAGCAGUUCCAAGCCAUGCAGGAGUGCGUGCAGAAGUAUCCAGACGUCUAUCCCCAAGAGGAAAAUGAGGCCAACGGUGAGAACAAGGAAGAGGACAAGGGAAACUUCUACGAGGAGGGCGAGGAGGACAAGGAGGGCGAAGAUGGCGAGGAGGGCGAGGAGGACAAAGAAGAGAGGGAGGAAGAG